UUUUCCGAGUAGCAAAUCAACCUAUUGCAUACUCCAGUACAGAUGUUCGAAUGUCGAAGAUCAGUCAGGCAUUCGUACAUCCUUAUGAGUUAUAGAUCAUGCUCGUGACCGGCAUGGCCAGCGCUUCCUCCUAGACACGCCCAAGUCCCAACCUCUAUUACAUUCCACAGGAAAUCGAUUCAGUAGUGAUUUCAGGCCAUAGCACAUGUCUACCGCUGUGCAAGCAGCAAAUGUUGCAGAUUUCCGUGGCUGUGGGAGCUUGUUGGAGCUAAUCCGUAACGACAAGAUCAUUCAGAUCCGCACCAUCUGCUCUGCAGUCUGCAGAGCCAAUACUGAACACCAGCCUCAUUCUAGACACAUACGAGUACACAUGGAGGCUGAUGGAGCAUGACUGGGAACUUAUAAGAGUUUGAAUCUGUUAUUUGACUAUUUGUAAAUAUUACUAGUAUCAGAAACCUAUCAUACGUGGAUGAGUUUUAUAUUAAUUUUAUGAAGAAAAUAAAAUUAUGGAUUUCCUUGACUGUAAAAAUUUAAUUAUGGAUUUAAUGGUAUCUUUCAUGAGCGAAACAACGUCGGUCUAGAUAAAAUCUUUGAAGGGUUAUCUAUGUCCGUAUGUUUUCUUUUUCUUAGAUUAUCAAAACUUGAACUCUUGAAGUAUGGUGUCUACAUCCGUAUCUGGAACUCAGUCAUCAUCGGUCCAGUUGUCCGAUCAGUUUGCUCUUACGAGCAGUACUCGCGACCGGACCAGUGGAGCAGAUCGAAGUGACCAACAAACUCAGUCUGCCACUGUUGGCAUUGCUUCCCGUCUUGUUAACCAGGAACAAAACCAAACAUACCCUCUUCGCUUCCACGAUACUCUUUCUGGACCUCGCAUUCUGUUAGCACCUCACCAGUUCGGACACAUACCGCUGGGCUACACCGUGAUUCCGCAGCCAUGUGCGCCCUUUCUUCCGACAGGUAUUGCUGCACAGGCCUUGCCGGUCUUUCCUGGCAUUUCCAGCGUCAGCGGUAUUCGGCCUGCUCAUAUUUCAGCCUUUGAGACUGCGUCCAUCUUCGCACCUUACUUCGCUCAUGCAGCGCCCAUGCAUUCGGAUGCAAUGGGAAUCUCCGGGGCCGAAAGUGGCUUUCAGUAUCCUCUGCACCAUCUGACCGGGGCUGUUGGUGGAUUUGGCAGUCUCGGUACGACACAUAACAUGGUACCGGCAUUUCGCGUGCGUGCAAAAGAAAAAUCCACGGUCAUUUUGAGCGCAGAGAAUAUUGAGCACGGUGUUAGUAGCAGUUCGAUGACUGCGGAGUCCUCCCACGCGCGAGCGACACAUUUCGACGCCACAGAAGAAAUAGCUUCAGAAGGAAAAGUUUUGCCGGUACACAUUUUCGACACUGAUACGGACGCACCGGUGUAUUCGCCAGAGGAAGCAUCAAAUAAUCCAGCGAACACCAGCAGCGAUGCGCGACUGCAAUUACGCACACCAAAAAGACCUGCGAUACCCAACAAAGCCGGCGCUAAACGUCAUAGGGAAUCGAGAAGGAUGCGCAGCAGUGGGCAGUCGACGGGAACACAUAAUGCUAGUCCCAUAGUUUCUAUAUUACAAGUUUCGAAAAACACUGAGACCGAAAUGCAGCGGGCAGCAAAAGAAUGGUCUGCAGAUUCCAACCACAAGGAACCGGAUUGUUGGGACUUUUUACAACGUUUUAAGGAAAAUCAGAGGAAAAUGGACACUUUGUACGUGGAAACGAGAUCAGUCAUUUCGAGUUUGUCCGCUGAGCAACGAAAUGAAAUCAACUUUCCUAUUCCGAGCAGUGUCCCAAAACAUGUUUUACAAUCGGUCAGUAUAAAAAACAAAGAUCAGCCUAAAGUAGACGCUUUUGAGACAAUCAUCGAAUCUGCGACUGUCGAUACCGAGGAACUACGCCAGUUUGCAAAAACUCUAACACAGACCUUUACCUUGGACAUUGGUCCUCAGAACAUCGACGAAGAGAUGGCGAUACUCAGCGCAGUUGGACUGGCUGAAAAGACCAGCGCCGGUAAUACCCCAAAGGUCACCAAAGCGAUCAAGGUCAUGAACAAGAUGCGCAAUAAGCAUACUGAAACUCGGAAACGCUUUCGAUCAGACUCUUCAGCCCGACAGAAUGUGAGAAGAGAACUGGACGAAGCUUUGGCGCAGUUGACGAGCCAGCUGGCUUCACUGAAGCGGAAAGUGAAUGCGGUAAAAAGGCUGAUGAAAGACGAAAUUCACCUCAGUGAUACGGAAAUUCCUAAUAUAUCCAAAGAAUUACAGCGAGCACUUUCUGCGGAGUAAAUUUUAAAACCGGGAAUUGAAAUGGACGUCACAAUAAUCCGCGACAGCGUUCUAGUCUGUGCCGAAUGUUUGUACAAAUUUUUCGUUAUUUAUGGCAUUUCGGCUAUGUGGCUGUC